UCGAGACUCGCUUUCAAAUAUUGUUCUCAGCAUCUGUUUACCUGCAAUCUUCAGAGUUCUGCUCACAUACUCCUACUCACUCGCUCGCCGAACUUCGCCGGACUCCCCGUCUUUGUGAGUGACUCUGUCGCCGAGGGUGUCAAAAUAAACGCUCAUCGAAACGUACUCGUUGCAUGUUCCAAUUACUUUAAAGCCAUGUUCACAAGCGAUAUGGUUGAAAGCCGCAAACAAGAAAUAGAAAUGGUGGACAUGAAAGCCUCAACGCUCGAGAGUCUCGUCAACUUCUGCUACUCUGGUACAAUCAAGAUCAGUGCCAGUAACGUAUUGAGUGUUCUGCCGGCUGCUUGCCAACUUCAGUUGAACGAAAUUCCAGGUCAGGCUGUUGUAAUUGACCAGUGUUGUGAGUUCCUGAAAAAUGAAUUGACCACUUCGAAUUGUCUAGGAAUUCGAGCAUUUGCCGACACUUAUGCAUGUCCAAAGCUUUUCCAAUGUGCUAACAAGUAUAUUCUGAAUAACUUCCAGGAUGUUGUCAACACUGAAGAGUUCCACCAGCUUCCCGUAAAACAAAUAGUUGAACUAAUUUCAAGCGACGAGCUAGUUGUAAUAACAGAAGAACAG